AUGACCUGGAAUUCCUGUGGUCAAAGGGAUCCGAGCCCACAUUCUUGCCCAAGCGGUCUUAUGUUAAGAUCCCAGUCUCCACUCAUUUGCCCAACUUCGACGCCAUCAUUGAUUUUUGUUACUCCUGUGUCUCGGAAACAGCUGAGGAGCACAGAAGUUAUUUCAGGUGUUAUGAACAUCAGAGGUCGUUCAGACAAUGGCCCUGGUUUCGUGGGCAUCAAAUUCUGUCAAGAGUGGUAAGAUGAGUGUAAAAGUGAUAAUGUUUGAAAGAUAAUAAGCUUUUACAGGAUGUUGCAGAGAUCGAUGAUCGAUCAAUGCCUCAUCAAAAUAAGAUGCUCGCAUUGAAGAAGAGUUUUAUUCAAAAUUGGUAUAUUUUCAAGAACAUCUUAAUGCAGUUUGUGCUUUAACAGAAGGAAGAAAAAAAGCACCUUGUUUCAGUGAAUGGGCUUGAACUUGAUUAAGUUUGCGCUGUAUUUUUUCUCCUCAGCAACAACAUGUUGUAUCCAUCUGAAAGGAAAGGACAAAGAAAAAAACAAAAGUUUUUUAUUGUAUGCUCCUCAGCAACAACAUGUUGUAUCCCUCAGAACAAAAUUUUAUUUUCAUUUUCAGUUUUAUACACUUGUAUAUAAAUUAAAUUGCAGUACAUACUUUAUUUUGUUCCAACUUGAGGACAAUAGAAAAGCUUUUAUACAGUCCACACUAUCUUUCUGUUUCACAUUUUGGGAUUCAGUGUGGUUAAAUGAAAUACACAAUAGGUGCGGUUACACUGGACACUUUUACUGCGAAAAAAUUGGUGUGGUGCUUGUGACCAGACCUUUCCAAGAUAAAUUUACCAUGGAAAAUAUCCAUGGUUAAAUCAAAAAGAAGAAAGAAAUCGCCCAUGACAUUUAACAUGGUAAAUAACUAGGGUUUUUCGAUACCCAAGGUAAGAGAGCCAAUCAGGUUUCUUCGUUCGACACUAACAGGAAACUGCAAAAAUAUAAUUGCUUUUUUCAACGGGUUUCUUUCAUGAGAUUUAGAGGGAAAUCAAUUUUGACAUAGCAGAUUUCGCAUUAAGAUCAAAGUAAUAGGGAAAUUUUAAGAUAAAUUUUGAACUGGUUUGUUGGGCUAGAUUUAGGAAAGAUAGUUAUUUCCCAAAAAUACACUCUAUUACUGGCAUGUAAUCAAAAAGUGGAAUGCAGCUGAACUGUAAAAUGAAAUCUUUGGUCAAGAUUUAAAGAAAGAAAAAUGCUAUUUACCUUAUUACUUGCUAAAUUAUCAGGACUAACAUCAGGGCUGUCAAUAAGGGCUGGUAGCCAGCCAAAACCCACCGGCUAGUUAGCCAUCCUUAGAUGGCUACUUUCAUUUCCUUCUACCACUGCUAACAAAAAAUAAGCACCAUGGAAUAAAAUUGUAAAGCAUCCAUUUCCCAGUUUUGAAUGACACUGAAUGCAUAUUUAAACAGGUUUAGAUCUGAGAAAUUUUCAAACUCUGCGAUGUCGUGGAACACAUGGGACAUUUUGACCGCAUUGUUCCCAGUCUUGCAAGUAUUCUGACAAAACAGCAAGGUGUCCACGGUGGGAAAUACAUCUUGAAAAUCUCUGGAAAUGCCAUUUCCGAGACCCUAAAUUUCAAAAUGUCCCUAGAUGCCUCGGCCCUCAAGAACUUGUACAGCUUACCUUUGGUGCGAGUUCCAAAGCUGCCUACUAUUUAUCAGCAUCUGUUGAUUGUAGUUUCUUACCACCACUAACGUCAUUACUGACCAAAUUUGAAAGAAACUGAUACACAUUGUACAAAAAAUUUGACAAGUGCACAGCUGAUUUUCAUCUCUCUCAGUAUUUCUCUUUAAGUAGAAAGGUUAUCUCAAUAAGGUAUGAGAUGUAAAUUGGCUGUUUUGUUGUCUUGACACAUUGUCCUGACAAAGUUAAUAAGUUCUAUUUCUCAUGUAUAUAAAAAAAAGACACUCGUUUUGAUCUCAUUGCGUACAGUAUUCAAGAGGUAUUAAUUUUAUACUGAUGCACUUACAGAUUGUACUUAUUACAUGUAUGUCCUGAAGUGAUAUCUAUGUUAUUUUUUUAGUGUCGGAACUGUGAUUAUCAACAAGAAGCAGAUAACUGCUGCAUCUAUGUAAACAAAAUCACUCAUGAAGUCAAGUAAGUAUACAUACUGUACAUUGAAUAACCAGUAAUUGAGUUCAGACAACAGGCCCCAUCUAAUUUUGUAAAUAACCCAGUUGAUACUGUGAUGUACUGAAUCAAAUCCCCUUAAUAGGGCUGACAUAUCAUGCUACAUUAGUAGCAGUUACACAGGACACUUUUCCCGUGUUAUGAAUGACUAUUUUACUGUGGGAAAUUGGCGUGGUGCUUGUGACUGGACUUGUCUGAGAUGAAUUUACCACAGGAAAUACCCAUGGUUAUGUCAGAGAGAAGAAAGAAACCGCCCGUGACAUUUAAUUCCGGUGGUAAAUAGUUAGGGUUUUUCGAUACCCAAGGCAAGGGAGCCAAUCUGGUUUUUUCAAUUGACACCAACAUGAAAAACCACAAAGAUGUUUAAUGGGUGUCUUUCCCGUUGUUCAAAGAAACAUCGAUGAUGACAUGGCAGAUUUUAUGUUGCAGAUGAAAGUAACAGGAAAAUUCAAGGGCAAAAUUUUGAGCUAGUUCGUUGGGCUGGAUUUAGGGGCGAUAUUUCCCAAAAAUAUGUUCUAUUUCUAGCAUGUAAUUGAACAGUGGGAUGCAGCUGAACUGUAAAAUGGAAUCUUAGGUCAAGAUUGAAAAAAAUUCUGUGUACUUUUGCUCAGGACUAACAUACUAGUUGAAAUUUCAGCUAAAUUCAUACGAAAAUUUUCUACUUAACAUGAAAUACUGCCAUGAUCGACGGCGACUAUUACUGCAAUAUCACGAUUGAAGCCAUAAAAGCGCCUAAAUUACAUGUACCUUGAGAAUUAAUUUACGUGUUUAUGUUACCACGGCAAACUAAACCCAAAUUGAAUUUACCGCAGCUUUUUGUACCGUGGUAAGUGCCUUUUAUCUUGGUGUGUGUAGACCCCGCACCCUAUUGUACAUGUACAUGUUGUUUCAUGCUGACUGGCAUGAUAAAUUUUCCAGUUUCGAAUUCAUUGCGGCUUCUAAAUAGAAGCAUUGAAGACUCAUUUAUACAGGUUUAGCCUUGACCUAAGGUAAAUAUUGGUAUAUUCACAAAUUCCAGUCAGAAGAAGACCUGUUUACAACUGUGUCUAUUGUUUACUUAAAUUCAGGCACCUUCUCGCCAAUAUUUAUGAAUAUUUUACAUUAAGUCGAGGCUAACCAUGUACAAAUGACUCUUUGGCACUUUUAUUCUGCCAGCGGCCACAAAAAAUUUGAAACUGGACUAUUAGCAUAACUGUAGCUUGACUUGAUUUCAGAUUUUAAAUUGAAUUCAGUCAAAUGUUCAUAAAACUAAAAAGCCCCCUUUUUGUUACAUAGCAUUUACCUGACAUUUAUAGUUUUUAUAUUAAGUUUGGCAUGGCAUUAGUAUGAUUAGCCUGUGAAAACAGCCAACAUUUUGCAAUGCUACCGGUGUUUUUCCUGAAAAAAAUGGCAUCAUACCCAGAUCUGGGUAGUGCUGAUUGGGUGAAGCACAUUUCCAACCAAUCAGAAGCUCUACCCAGAUGUGGGUAGUGCACAUCAUCAGUAUGGAAUUUCUGUGCUCGUUUCGCAGACAUCAUUUUUCGGGGAAACCACCAGUGGCAUUGCGAAACAUUGGCUGUUUUUCUCAGGCUAUAGUUUGACAUUUGUGUUGUCCUGCUGCUGUACAUGUGUGGAAUAACUGAGCUUGCUUGGAACACAUCACCCACAUGACUUGGUUUUGAAUGUCAUGUUUCAAAAACCUAUUGUCAUGUCACACUCUUUUGAACAAGUCUAGGAGGCUUAAUGCCUCUCAUACCCUAUCAAGGGAGUUGUUUUCCUUUGUUUAUCACUAUCCACUUAAAGAAAGAAUCAUGUGGAGCCUGUAAAAAAAACUGAUUGAUGAAUGUUUUACCUUAUAAUCAAUGCAGAAAUUAAGGGAUUGGAAGCACUCUUGGGAAAAUAACAGUCAAAUCCUGAAAUGGGCCUACUAUGCCUGGAGUAUUUCACAUAUCCCCAAUUUAUUACAACAAAUUUGCAUGUACAGUGUUGUAGGAUGCAAUUACCAUUAACAGUAAAACAGUUUUUUUGACAUUUAAUUAUUAUUUUUUAAAUUUUAUUUUCAUGAACAGUGAACUGACCCAGAUUGUUACGGAUGUGACUGCUGACCCAACAUUACCCAGAACAGAUCAACAUGAAUGCCCAAAGUAUGCUGUUGCUCUCAUAAAAAUUAGAUAAUGAUAAUAAUAAAAUUAUAAUAAUUAAUAUUAUUUUCAUUAUUAUUAAUUAUUAUUAUAUAGGUUUUAUUAUUAUUAUUAUUAUUAUUAUUGUCUCUAUUAUCACAGUCUUUGCUGGUGUUCUUUUUGUGCAUCUGCCGGGCGCAAACCAUGCACCUAGAGCGUCAGUCACUCAAGUCAAUCAUUCUGUUCAUACACUGAGCACCUUUCUGAGGAUUCGUGCAGACCCCAGCAUGCAGAUCUUUUGAAUCUCUGUCAUAUUAGCUCUUUCUGAUACUUUCUUGAUGUUUUCUACCAUACCCUUCUUCACUGUACCAAGCGCACCAACAACCACAGGGAUCACUACGGUUUUCAUAUGCCACAUUCUCUGUAUUUCUAGUUCUAGGUCUUUGUACUAGCAUUUUUUUUCAGUUUCCUUCAGUGCGAUGUUUCUAUCUGAUGGAACAGUCAUAUCAAUAAGUUUGCAGGUGGAAUUCACUGAAUCUUUAACGAUGAUAUCUGGUCUGUUCGCUGUUAUAGUUCUAUCAGUAUUGACUGGCAUGUCCCACAUGAUGGUGAUGUUGUUAUCUUUAUUGUGUAUCACGGUCUCUGGUUCGUGUUCGUACCAUUUGUCUGUAAUCUCUAUAUCAUGAUCUUUACAUAUGCUCCAAUGGAGAUAUUAUUAUUAUUAUUAUUAUUAUUAUUAUUAUUAUUAUAUAUACUGAUGUUGGGAAAACACACAAAAAAAAUUAUUAUUAUUAUUAUUAUUAUUAUUAUUAUAUAGGUUUGCUCUCUUCUCAACUUUCUCAAUGAACCUGUGCAAAAAUGUUUGCUAUGCAGGCUACUUUUGAACAGGCUUGUUUAUCAUUUUAUUUUUGAUUCAUUUACAUAUGGCUUUUGUAGUGUUUGUUUACAGUUAGGUGAUUUCUAUGUUGUAGUUAAUUUUUUAUUUCAGAUAUUUAAUUUUGGUUUUUCCUUCGUUUCAAAUUCAUUUGCUUACAUUACCAUACCCAAAAACAAUGGAAAAAUAAAAAUUACCUGAUAUAAAAAAAUUAACUACAACAUCUAUCUUGCUAUUUUGGUUAAGGUGUGGCCACCGGGAAGCAGUGUUUUUCCAGUCCCAGUCCAGCAAAGCAGAUGUAAGUGUUCUCUAACCUAUACAGAUAAAGAUGUACAGUGAUUCUGAGUUCCUAAACCCAUAUAGCCUGCUCCAGGCGUUCAGAUAUUAUAUAUACUGAUGUUGGGAAAACACACACAAAAAAACUUGUAACAAUUUUGUUUGCUGUUAUUUUCCUUAGUCGACACCAUAGCUUUUAAUAGUAGAAGAGACCUGGUUUUAAAAGGUAGCAAACACCAAAGAUAAUAACAAUACUGCUGCAGUUUGUGCUGGGGCUCCCUGAAGGUGCUCCGUCCUUUGUUUCUUGUUCAAAAAUUGUGACAGAGCACGUUAAUGCGACGUUAUACUGUUAAGGGUGAAAGUCGUUACGAGAAUAAAGAAUAAUCCAGCCUGAGAAAACAGCCGACAUUUGGUGACGCAACCACUGGGAAACCAGUGGUGGCAAAAUGUUGGCUGUCAUCUCAGGCUAAGAGUACAUGUAACUUUACUUUUAAUUUUUCUUGUCAAAUGCUUUAACAAGCAACUGACCAUCCAGUCUCUCGAAAGUAAUAUCAAGUUAGUAAUACCUAAGAAAAAGAAUAGAAAAAUAUUUAAAAGUAUUAUUUUAUAUCAUUCACACCCACUCUGUUUUUGUUUUGGCAGCAAAUGAGAUUGUACUAUGUUUGUACAGCAGUGAACUGUGGUAACAGAUGGACUGAAUAAGCAGUCAAAGUUAAAGUGAAAGAAAAUAUUUAUUGACUUCUUUUUGAGCGUCUCAUGUUUGUGGAAGAAGACGAAGGACGUUGCCGUGCUCGCUUUGCAUCACCAGAAAGAUGUUCUUCAUGAGACUAUUUCACUAAUGUACACCGUAAAGCUCCGCAUUUCGUUUGUAUUUUAAUUAAAGACCGUAAACUUUUUCUAUGAAACAAAGCUUCUUGUUUUAUAUCCAGUCUAGUGUUUCAUUUCAUGUAGUUUACGUUAAAGCUUGGUCGAACGAUCCAAAUAAUUGUAGGAUUCUCUAGUGAUUUCCCUUCCUAAGUGUUACACGUGUAAAAGGGGUUACUUCACAACUUAUUACAGAUUCACACUGGCCCUUGAACCUGCUUUAAUAAUAACAUGAAAAUGUUUAUUUGAAGCAUUGUAUCGAAAACGAAGCUCAGGAAGCUAAUCAGAAGGAGUUUAAAGAAUUAAAUGCCUUCGUCUUUCGCUUGGACUUACGUUUGUGCUGCGUCAUUGUUUUUCACGCGAAAUAAAAAACUGCAAAAC